GUCUUGGUGUUGUGCCGUCGUCCCACUGCGUGUGCGUCAGAGGCGGUGGUUCGACGUCAUUAUACGGGACCAUAUUGUCACCCUCCGUGGCACCACAGUUCUUCGAGCACCGGCAGUGAGUGUUGUGCGUUUUCCUGGCCAAGGAUUUGGCACUGGUAAACCUGCUUCGUGCGCGGCCGGUGUACCGUGCUUUUAUGUGAUCAACGGCUGCCCGUUGGAUGAAAGUGACGCGCGACCUUGGUGCUAAACGGGCAAGAGCCACAUCUGCGGCCUGUGCUGUCUUUUCGGCCAUGUCUGCGAUACCCCCCCACGGCAGCCCGAGGCGCAGUGUCGUCGUCUGAGCGUCGUGUGCAUUCCGCGUAGCGCUUUUUCGGAUACGGCGAUGGAGAAGUUCUUCCUGCGCGCCCUGGGCCGCUCGUACACGUACUGCUGCGCCGAGGCGACUCCUCCGCUUCCGGCUCCGCAGCAGCAGCAGCCACCUCCUCCUUCCGGGCGGACGUCCGGCGGUGGCCGACGGUCGACGGACGUCGCGGUGCUGCGCAGCAAGGCCUCCGCCAGGCACGCCAGGUCGUCGCCCAGAAAACGACAUUCAUUCGUGAACAGCCAGGAAUGGACGCUCAGUCGAUCUGUGCCCGACAUACGCUUGGGCAUUGUGGGCAGCCUGACAAGCGGAAAGUCUGCCCUGGUUCACCGCUACCUCACCGGUUCCUACAUGCAGGACGAGUCCCCAGAAGGUGGUCGCUUCAAGAAGGAGAUCGUGGUGGACGGCCACAGCUACCUGCUGCUCAUCCGGGACGAAGGCGGACCCCCCGAGCUGCAGUUCAGCUGCUGGGUGGACGCGGUGAUCUUCGUGUUCAGCCUGGAGAAUGAGGCCUCGUUCAGCGCCGUCUACAGCUACUACAUGCGAAUGGCCCACUUCCGGAACAACGCCGCCGACCUGCCACUCAUACUCGUCGGCACGCAGGAUGCCAUCAGCGAGAGCAACCCGCGCGUCAUAGACGACUCGCGUGCCCGGAAGUUGGCCAGCGACCUCAAGCGGUGCACCUACUACGAGACGUGUGCCACCUACGGCUUCAACGUCGAGAGGGUCUUCCAGGACGCUUGCCAGAGGAUUGUCCAGAUGCGCAUGGCUUCUGCGUUGACACCCAACAACUCCCGGCCGAGCACACCCGUCGGUGUUGGUGCGGGCCGAGCCACUGCCCACUUUGGUGUUGCCAGCAAUGGUUAUGCCCGGGAGCAGCAGACUGUGGUUCCCACCACCAAUGCCACGGCAACACUGGUCAACAGCUACAAUGCCCUCCAUGGUGGCUCUGUCAACACGCCAACUGCAAACCUCAGUCAGACGUCACUUAAGGAGAGCCACCUACGCCAGAUCCGUGACUGCAUUGCCUCUGGCACCUCGGUACAGAGGGAGAUCCAGAAGUUCGAGAAGGGCACCGGCACCCCGGCCACCGGACUGUCUCAGCAGGCCUCGGAAUCCAUGCCACCACCGUCGGCACUGAGCGGAAACAAUCGCGACCGACCAGAGUUCGUGACUCCCUGCUCGACGCCGACGACGGCACGCAAGACCCGCCGAAGGUCCAACUUGUUCACGCCCUUGAAGAAAACCGACGACGAGAAGAGGCUUCGCAACGGGGAGAUGGGAAGUGGCCGAGUGAUUCCUGUGCGGCAGGGGUACCUGUACAAGAAGAGUGUCAAGGCUCUCAACAAGGAGUGGAAGAAGAAAUACGUCACCCUGACAAGCGAUGGGAGGCUCACCUACCACCCUAGUCUUCAUGAUUACAUGGAUGAUGUUCAUGGGAAGGAGAUUCCUCUGAUGCACACCACAGUGAAGAUUCCAGGCCAGAAGCCAAGGGGUUCGAGAGUGGCUGGGUCCACACCUCAGGUCAACGACCUAGCAUCAGACGUGGGCACCCUCUCCCUGGCUGGAGGCAUCCCUUACUUCAAGUAUAAGGAGCCCCGCGAGCGAGACUGCCUGGCCAGCUUUGACCCUGCUGAUGCUCAGCACAGCAAUGCUUUCUACUCAGGGAUGCUGAAUGGUAGUGAGACGCAGCUCAUCCCAGCUGUGCCCAACACCAACCCAAUGCUGUCGAAGCUGGAGACACCCAAUGUGAAGAAGAGGCACCGACGCAUGAAAAGCACUGGUGCCAAGAAUUUCGAGGCCAUGGAAGACUCCGAUGGGUACGAGUUCAUCAUUGUAUCUCUCGACAACAAGCAGUGGCAGUUCGAGGCGUCUAACGGUGAUGAUCGGGAAGGUUGGGUCAGUGCCAUUGAGCAGCAGAUUCUCAGCAGUCUUCAGGGAAAUGAAAGCAGCAAAGCAAAGAGCCGCAUGAACAGCAUGGCGGACUCUGCCUCAUCGAUCCAGGCCAUUCGGACAAGUGUCCCUGGCAAUUCUCAUUGCGCCGACUGUGAUACGCCACAGCCAGACUGGGCCAGCCUCAACCUUGGCACACUCAUCUGCAUCGAGUGCUCAGGCAUCCAUCGCAACCUGGGCUCCCAUAUCUCCAGGGUCCGGUCUCUGGACUUGGACGACUGGCCACCAGAGCACGUGGCCGUGAUGAUGGCGCUGGGCAACAUGGCGUCCAACUGCAUCUGGGAAGGCAGCGCCGCUCGUAGUGGUUACGCCAAGCCUAGCCCCCACUCGAGUCGCGACGAGAAAGAGCGCUGGAUUCGGGCCAAGUACGAGCAGCGAGAGUUCCUGGCACCUCUGCCUUCUUCGAGUGGGCCCACCGCUCAACAGCUUCGCGAUGCCGUGUGCCGUGGGGACGUGAGACAAGUGGCACUGCUGCUGGCACACGCGGCACCCCACCAACACGAACUGGUCAAUGCGCCAACAAGUGCCCGAGACUCGAGGACACCACUUCACAUGGCUGCCGCAUUGGGAAAGCUGGCCAUGGUGCAGCUUCUACUGUGGAACAAUGCCAAUGCUAAAGCUGUGGACUCUGAAGGCAGAACCCCGCUGGUGUACGCAAAGAACUCCAACUUCACCGAGAUCUACGAGUUGCUGCUGCACAGCGGAGGACCCGACCCAAACCAGCUGUCGACCACGCUGUCUCGGCGGAGGGGAAGCCUGUCCAAGCGAUCGGACGUCUUCGACAAGCUCCCAGCCAGCAUCAUCUAGAAGCCCAAAGACAGUUCCUUGUUCACCCACCAUCAUCGUGUGACGCUUUCAUCAUUGCAUCACCCACUGCCCUCGAUCAUUUUUUUUUACAUCCUUCACUUUUUUGUGUUGUUACUCGCUGUUUUAUUUGCUGAGGAAUUACGAAAUGACCUAAUAUAUUACACCUGUCUGUCUGCUUGCUGCCUCUCUGCACUGUUGUGCAGACAUUUGUCCCAUGUUUCGUUCAUCAGGCCUGAACGUUCAUUUUUAUUCUCUGACAAUGAGCAAUUUUCCUUCUAUUGGUCUACUACUUGCAGCUUUGUACGGGUCAUGGACAGCACUUGCUACAAAGCAAGCAGGAUCUUAUUCUGCUUUAUUAACAGACAAAAAAUAUUUUUCUGGCUGUUAUAGCCAUUAGCGACACAUAAUUGAACCUGUGUAUGACAAUACUUUUCUGGAAAUUGAAGGAAAAUGCACUCUAUAAUUCUUGUCAUUGCUUUUAGGUAUCGAAGUUUUAGUGCCUAAAACGUUAUUACAGUUCUCAACUUUGAAUACCUUGCCUUCUUUUCUUUUUAUUGCUCAGGCUCUCGUAGUUUCCUCACGUGUUGUCUUUGCUGUGAAAUCAAACAGUUCCUGCCCAAAUAGCUAGUCCUGACUUAAGAUUAAAUGUGUGUACUAGUUACUAGCUGUUUAACGCCGCCGAAGCUCAAUCAAUAAACAAUGUGUUGGGAAGCUUGAAAAACUGCUUACAAUCUCAUAAAUGCAUACAAAUGGAAUGACUAUUCCGCAUAUUGGACAGUGUUGUUAAGAAAACAUUGCCACUUAUCAAGCUCUCUCGGUACCUACUGUGUGCAUUUAUGAGAAUGCAAAUUGACCACGUGCUCGGAAGUGGGCCUAAGCUGUAACGAUGUGUCUCUCAGCCAAGCAGUGCGGCAGAAAGGUGUGUGCAGCGCCAAAGCCCCGUGUGUGCUUGCGUGAACGUGUGCUAGGAUUUGUUAGGGCCUCACUGAAGCUGCGCUUCUGUGUUCCCGUUUGGACAUCCGAAUGAAUGGAAGCGUUUGUAUUACACAGUGGUGAAAUUCUAUGUAGAAAGUUGUUGCUCGUCGGACCCACAUGACAUUUUUUUCUACGGCACCUCGUGUGUUUGUCACUCGACCGCUGCACGCACUCCUGGCAAACGGGUCAUCGUCGAGUGUCGAGAAAACGCCACUCACCGUCCACGUGCUUAGUUUUCUCAUUUAGUCGUCACGACAACUCGCCGGGGGUGACCGGCGGGACCGUCAAAGACUGCAGGACUACGCAGGAAGAGUGCUUUACUCUGUAGUGCAGCAAACAGUUGAAGAGGGCUAGACAUGACAGGGUAGCACCUGUGUAAAUUUACGAUCAACUAAUAUUGUCCAGUUAACAGAGGAGUGCACCUUCUCUGCCCUGCACUCUUUGACUGUCGUGACAAUACACAGGGCAGUCUUAUGUGGUCCUCUGCCUUUUACGUGUCUGUCACAGUAAGGAACCGCAAUUUGUGGAAUCUGAGUUGCCGAGUUUUCAGUUCUACUAUAUUGGGACACUCUCUUAUGUAAACUAGCCUGCAAGGAGUGCACUUGCUCGAUUUGUGAGUCUAGUGUAGGUUGGGUUUACUAUGCCGUAAAGAUUAACUAAGAAAAGAAAUUUGUUGUUCACUAUGACUACUUGCUUUCUUAUUAAUACAUAUCUUCAUCACGAAGAUAUCAGACACACUUAAAUACAGCGUGCAUGUGGGUGUGACCUGUCUAUUAAGUAUCAUUAUCAAAAAAACUUAUUUGUCGAUGAAUUCUCAUGCAAAAGGCAUUCAAAUAUUACUUUGUGGCUGCUUAGAAACGAGCAAUAGCACUGAAAUAGAAUUUUCCAGAAAAUUAUCUCAUUUCUUUAUUUUGAUAGAAAACAAGUGCUUCUGUGUUUCUUUGAAGUCUUGCUUUUGUAUUAUAUCGGCUGUUGUUACUGUAGUGGCCCUUGAAUGGUGUACAUAUGUUUCAAUAAUUUAAGCACUUGUUUAUAGCUUGGGGGCCUGCAAACAGCGUGCAUCCUAUGAUUGCACCUAUUCUCCUGUGUGCAUGUGUUUGAUGUUGCUGUGUUCUUGCAGGUUGUGGAAAUGUACAUACUGCAGAUGUGUAAUUUAAUUAUUUACAGAUGGGUCACGUUCACCACUUUAAAGAUGGUUUAUUUUCUGUGUGCACAUGUGUUUUCUUUUUGCUUCUUAAGCCAGGACAGCCAAGAAUUGCUUUGUACAUCAAACACAGGGAACGUUAUGGAAGGGCAUUUUUGCCUGCGUGCAGUUUAAAUUUUACCGUUCCAUGUUUCCUUUAAUGCUGAACAAUGUGGCUGGUUUAUUCUGUCAACAUUCCGUUUGCUCAUGCAUUGUUAUGAAAACUGAGCAGCAUCAAUUCCUUGAUGCAAUGUGUCUGAGCUAAGUUUUUGUAGUUGCGUAAAUUUUCUAGUUAGUCACACUUAGCCAAGUUGCAUGAAGUCAGCUGGAAUUCAUGCAUGUUUUGAUUCACUGUCAUAACUUGAGGUUGAAUACUGUGUGUAGUUCCUACCCAGUGUUGCUUGAUUGUGAAAGUUGCUGAUGCUGUACUUUGUUGUGGCUGGUCUAUAUGUAAUGUCCAGCAACACUGUAGUCAACCGAUUGCGCGUUUAGAUUGACGAAACAUGCUGCCCUUUGUUUGCAAGGCAUGGCUGCUGUCGUGGCUGGAAGCAGUAUUUGUAUGUAGCAUUUUGUAAAUUUGUAAAGAAAAAUAGUAAAACAGGUUGUUUGUAAUGUCUGUUUUCUUUUGAAGCAGAAAACAAGAAUAAAGUUAUACAAUGUGUACAAACCA